AACCAGUUUCGGCUCCUCCCAGGGUGCAUUGAAGACUGCGUGGAGCAAAGCAGGCAGAGAGCAGUUUGUCUGAAGCGUUUGCAGAGGAAACAGGACUGCGUCAUUUUUUAUCAACAUGUUUGAAUUCCUGCUGCUUUUUCUGAGCGCUCUCUUGGCGGUGAGCGCCUCCCAGCCCCUUUGCGACCCCUUCACCCAGUAUGAAAACAGUGGGCAGUGCUGCCAGAUGUGUGGACCAGGAACAAAAAUGUUAUCUAAUAACUGUAAGCAUCCAAGAUGUGAGUCAUGUGGCGAGAACGAAUUUCAGGAUACAUACACCACUAAAGACAAGUGUUCUCCCCAGCCAUAUUGUGACCCAAAUAAAAACUUUGAGGCUCCUGUCCCUCAAAGUAAACAGAAAAUCAUCUGCAGUUGCAACCAAGGGUUCCACUGCUCAAGCGAAUAUUGUAUUACCUGCGUGCCGCACAAGACUUGCGGGCCGGGAGAGGGAGUUCUGUACGUAGGGAACCAAACACAAGAUACAGUGUGUCAAAAGUGUGCAGAAGGGACAUUCUCCAAUGAGACCUCCAUGAUUGAACCUUGUGUUAAACACAAAAUAUGUUCGCUGGGAUUCACUGUUGGAGUAGCUGGAACAGACCGAUCUGACACCGAAUGUGAGAGCAACAAGCGGCUUCAUAUAAUAGUUGGCACUGUCGUGGCCCUCUUUAUAGCAGCUUUAAUAGUUGGAUGGGUUCUGCAUCGUCAUAGUAAACGAAGUUUAAAGAACGGGGAAAAAAUGGUAAAUCAGGUGUGUGUUGAAUGUAUCGGACCAACACGUGAGACGGUGAAAUAUGAUCCACGGGAAGAAACAAUGAGGCCUAUGAUGGAAAGGACACCAGUGGAAACUGAAGACUCAAGCAUCCCUUCGGUGUUCUCUGAGGAACAUGGAAGAAGCGAGAACGGAAAAGUUGUGUGUCCUGUGGUGGAGGAGGGGAAAGCGGCAUGUCUCCCCCGUCAGGAAUCACAGAUAUCGGCCUCCUCUACCACCAGCUACAGUUAAUUAUAUAACUGAGGAUUAUUUGUUGUGUCAUAGGAACAGACUUUCUCCAAGCCACAGCUGUAUUUAUUUGACUGUAAGGUACCUGUAAAUGAUGCUGAAUCAAUGUAAAUUGUGUGGAAUAAUGUGUAACAUCUUGUGCUGUUUUUGUUGUAUAAUUCUGUGUUCUGUUUAGAUGUUCUGAUUGUUAUAAUGAAACACAUAAAUUAUGUUAUUUAUGUUUA